AUGCAGCCCGCCGCUCUGGCAACCUCGGUGGAGCAGCUACUGAUCUGCCGGCUCAAGCUCGACGCGCUCGUCAAGGAGGGCGCGUGGGAGCGCGCCGCGCGCGCCGGCGAUCUCGCCCUCGCGCUCGCAGACGCGCCAGAGUCCGGGCUUGCAAAGUGCUGGUCGAGUCCAUCAGGUCUCGGCGAGCUCUGCCUGGUGCUCCGCUCGCUCGUGAGGCUCGGCAUGGGCGCAGGUAGCGGCCACGCCGACGCGGAGCAAGAACAAGGGCGGAGCGGCGAGCGGCUGCGGCCGCUCCUGGCGAGGGUCCUCCACUCGCGCCACGCCUCCAAGUCGACUCUCGGCGAGGCGGCAGCGGCUCUCAAGCAGGCGUGCGGUCACGACUUUGACGAGUGGUGCAAGCACGCCCUGCCGGGCCAAGUCGACUGCCCUGCACUUGGCCUUCUCCACGCAGCAGUCGGCGUGGUCGACGCGGCGGGCGCCCUCACGGUCGCCGCCAUGCCCACCACCCGCGAGGCCGUUCGGGAUGGGCUGGCACGCAGGACGGAGGAGCGCGCCUCCGCACUCACCCUGGUCCGCGAUCUGGUUGUCGCCUCCCCUCACGGGCUCGCCAGCCUGCUGCCCGUCCUCCAAACCGCUGUCUACCUCGAGGAGCCUCCGGUCCGCCACCUGGCUCUGGCCGCGAUGCUGGACGCCACGUUUGCCCUCGCCGACUCUCCCGCGGACGGCGCGCCCGAGGCGGCGAGGCUGCAGCUGGCCGACGCCAUCGCGUGGCUGCCGACCCUGCUGCACGCGCCGAGUGUCGAGCUUCAAGCGAUAGCCGCUCUCGGCCUCGCCAAGCUGCCACUGCACUGCUCGGUGCCGGGGCGGCUGCUCCCGAGCUUGCAAGACGAGCCAGCGACGCCUGAGGGGCUCGUGGCGGCGCUGGCCUACCGCUACACGACCGUCGAAGACGCCGUCGCAGAGCCGCCCGCCGGUGCGACAGGCCGCGGGAAGGGCCGAGCGAGGGGCUCCAACGCCGGAGCCAGGUCGACCAGCAAGGCGGAGAAGGCGUGGCCGGUCCUGCCGGCGCUGCAAGCCUUCUUCGAGCGCAUGAGCGGCGGCGACAACGAGGCCGAGGAGAAGGCGCGCCAGUCGGUGCUCGCAAACACCAUCGCUUGGGUCCUGCUGGAUGAUCUCUGCAGCGGAGCAGACGCCGCUAGCCCCGUCGUCGAGCCGAGCCUCCGCGCCCGCCGUUGCGCCCGCUUCCUGGCAGCACAUCUGAAGGAGGCGACGACAUUGGACAAAGUGGUUCAGCUUGUGCGGCUCGAGCUAGAGCACGACGUGGCGCCGCACGCUCUGCCGAGUUCGGUCGUCAUCCGCCAGUGGCUGUCCUCCGCCUGA